AUGAUUUGCUGCAGCUCGCAAUGGCGAUGGGAAGCCAAAGUGAUCCAGGAGAUUGAGCGCACUGCUUUCGAUCUGAACCCGAAGCUGAAGGCCAACGGAAAAGGAAAGGGAAAGGGCAAGAAAGAGAGCAGUAAAUUGUGCAAGGUCAAUACGUAUGACCUCGAAGUCUUGAUCGAGGCAUUCGAGGCCAUUGCGGACAUGGGAUACCCGGGCGGAGCACACCAGAUUCAAGGGGAUGAUUUCACGCCGACCCACCCGGGCUUGGAAGAAGCACUGUCAGCGUUGGCAGUGAUAGUAUCGUCGGUGCUUCGUGGAAGUGGCCCGUCCGACAGCCUGGAUAUGGCUAUCACCAGCCCCAACCCCAGCCCCAGCAAGCAUUCAAUGCGAUGA